GGGAGGGAGAAAGGAAGAAAGGGGGGAAAGCGAGAGCACGUAACCUGCCUACAAAUUAACACUGCAAUCAUAAACUCUGGUUGGUGGCGCGUUUCUUCCGUUUUUCACCUCCUACCCUCUCGCCUCAGUUCGGCUAUUAUAUCCCCAGUUGACGCCGGUUAGGUUGGAGUCUUUGGUAUGCAUGCACACUCCUUUAAAUCAUUAAGCGGCGGGGACUACACCACAUCCCCGCGUUCUCCACACCUCGCAGCCAGAAAGACAAGCUCAGUUCAGUUCGUCGGAGACGCCGGAGCUUUGACGGUCAGACAGAAGACCGGGCUUCAGUGGAUGCUACGAGGGACAAUCCAAGAGAUGGAGCUCCUUUGACGACGGAUUUUAUCUGUUUAUCAACAUUUUCUGAGUAAAAUUUCAGAGACCGUUAAAGAAGAGCGAAAAAUAAGCAAAAUAUGACUACUUUUUCCUAUGACUACGCUUUUACCAAAACUGAAAUGUAGCUGAGUGGAUUCAUUGCGACGCCUUGGGGACUUUAAUUGAACAGUAUAAAUAACCACGGCACGUCCUUACUGGAAUACAGUGGAUCGACUGUGUGCAACGAAGGAAAUCUAGCAUUAUAAAUUUCGUCUGGAAAGACGGUUUAUAUGUUCAUUAGCUAAGCGAGCCCAUAACAGUCUGGGGAGACGGCAGGACCUGUACCGUAUGUAUCGGGCAUGGUGCCCCCGCCCCAGGUGUGUGUGGCGACCCUGGUGACGGUGAGCACGAUGGCGGUGGUCGACCUCUACCUGCUGGAGCAGAGCAUGCUGGGAGCGCAGUGGCGGGCGGGGCUGGGCGUGUGGCCCUGCGCCGCCGUGCUCCUGGGGGACCUCUGCUUCCUGCUGGCGCUGCGCUUCGUCUCCGCCGGCGUGGCCUCCGAGGCACGGUCGCCGCGGCGAGGCUUCGCCAACGCCCUCUGGUUCCUCUUCCUGUCGCUCCUGCAGCUCAAGCUCUUCUUCGUCUGCCAGAACUACCGGCAGGACCGGCGCCCCCCGGACCCGCUGGCGCGGAAGACCCUGACGCUCCUGCUCUCCGUCUGCCUCCCCUCCCUGUUCCUGGUCCUGACGGGCGCCGACCACAUGACCCCGCUGCGGAGGAAGCAGGAGGCGCGCAGCCGGCUGCUGUGGGUGGUGGUGGACCUGCUGGACGUGCUGGACCUGCAGGCGGGGCUGUGGGAGACGCAGGGCGGCCUGGGCGUGCCGCUGUGGCUGGAGGGCCUGGUCUUCUUCUACUGCUACGUGCUCCUGCUGCUGCUGCCCUGCGUGUCGCUGACCGAGCUGGGCACCGCCGCCCCCUGUGGAGAGGCAGGGUUACGGCGGGAGGCCGUGUACCCCUGGCUGAGCCUGGUCACGGUCAACAUCCUCACGCUGUUCCUGCGCGCCACGGGCAUGCUUUGGUACCGCGACCCGCGCGUGUCCACCGUCUUCCUGGGGAAGAACCUGCUGGCCAUGACCAUCAAGCUCAGCUCGGCCUGGGAGAGGCACAGACAGAAGGGAGCGGGGUCGGGGGCCGACGGGGCCCAGGGGGCCAGGGGCAGGGACCCGAGCCUGGAGGCGGCCCCCGGGCACCUGGGACAGCCGGCCCGCGGGUCUCCCGCCCUGCCCAGCUCACGCUGCCACACGCUCUCGCGGGCGCACGCCCCCUCCCUGGCCAGCCUGGAGCCCGCCGAGACGUCGCUGGGGCCCUCCUUCAUUUCGCACGAGCUGUAGACUCCUUCGGCCACACCUGGCUCACCGACGCCCGGGCCAGCACACGCUGUCAGCCCCCGAGGGGGCCCCCGGACCCGGGCAAUUACUCAUUCCAUUACCGAGCUCUUCGUCCAAAGACUGCUUCUGCCCGCCCCGGAAGCCAGCAGAGCUCCAGGGGGGCCUGUACGGUCAAGUGCCUUGCUGCAGAGGAGAGGCGGUGCCGUUCUGUCAUCCCCUCUGACAUUUUGGGACUUUAACCCUUCUCUUUUUGUGUACCGUGAAGCAUGACCUGAUUCCAGCUGCCGCUG